ACACAUGCAACACAUAUACAACGCUUCCCAAACUAAUUGGCUGCUUCUAAACUAUUUUUUUUACCACUGUCUCGUUUCACCUUCUUCUCUGUGAUCAAACUCAAUUUCGAAGGUCGUGAGCCUCCCUGGCCCACCAACGGCCACCAAAGAGCCGAGUAUGGACAGCACGGUGGCCUCUAUCAGUCAAGAAGGUACAGAAAAGAUCUUUUCUGCAACAGAUGCCUUCCCCUUUCUUCGCAUGCCGGUUGAACUUCAACAUCGAGUGUGUGCGCUGUUCUGCCGUCACUGCCUUGACGGGGAGGCGACUCCAGCAGCAGCGAUGGCUCAAGUGGCUGGGCUGCCGUUCAAAACACUCAAGGCUCUGUCCGAGACGUGUCAUAACUUGAACAAGAUAGCACAGCCCUUGCUUUACCAUUACCCAGACGUCAAAUCAUACACGCUCUUUUUCAAGACAAUAUCAUCUCGUCCUGACUUGGCUGCCAGCGUCAGAGUUUUAGCUAGACUCUGGGAAUCGGGUCGUACGACAGCCACGAUUAGGUCACCGCGACAUGACAAAGAAGACUUAGAAUAUCUCAAAGAUUUGGCUCGCAGGCUGCAUUUAGAUGAUGCUGACGAUCCCAACUUUGACCAAUGCUUUGAAUACCUAAAUGAAUCCCCAGAUGGCGACGUUGACGGCUAUUCCAAUUCCAUGGCUAGGGCUGCACUAGAAAGCCUGAUAACGGCGAUUCACUUUACACUGACACCGAAGGUGCAGUUUUUGAUGAUUGAUCUAGACGACGGUAGAGCUAUCAUACGAGAUCGGCUGCUGGAAGAUGGAAGCCUUCUUUUGCCAUAUCCCUACUUGCCAAAGGUUGUUUCUACGCACCCGCAGCAUUUCCAUCACCUCGAUACUAUUGUCUUGCGCAAUACUUUUCACUACAAUCCAGACGAUCUCGGCCUAGACAGAUUAUGUUUCCUCUUUGAAACUAUUCCCAAUAUCCGACGAGUCUUUUUCGAAUUCCUCAUAGGUGAAAGGCCAGAGGGAUAUAUCGAUCGUCAGUCCAAUCAUGCUGAGCUAGAGUGGAAGGCGCUUCCGCAUAUGCAAGAAGUCUACUUUGACCCUUGCCUGCGUACAAAUGGUGCUGCACCUCUCGAAGGGAUAGCUAGCAUGCUUCAGCUAUGCACGAGUUUGAAAAAGUUUACCUUUCGCCUCAAGUAUCCCGAUGAGUAUCAGUCCGCGUGUUUUUCCCCGUCGAAGCUACUCGAAGCUCUGUUGCCUACCAAAAACACAUUACAGCAUUUGGAGCUGUACUGUAGCCUUGCCAAGAUACCCUCGUUCCACAAGGGAACUCUUCUAGGAUGCAGUCUCAAGGAAUUCUCUGUAUUAGAGACGCUGAUUCUUGACGAGGAGCUAUUCUGCCGCCAUUGGCUGCUAGAUUCAAGCGAUAAUUCAUGUGAUGAUUCAUGUAUAACAGAUAUUCUGCCAGAAUCUGUAUCUUUUCUUGCGAUUCGAACGCACGACAAAUACAAAGCAGUGGCAGAUUUGCUACGUUUAGCGCAGAGAGUUAACGAUGGAGCCUUUUCGCGGCUCUCCCAGCUCCGAGUCGAGGUUUUGCACGAUAUUGUUAUCAAAGAAUACUCCGACGGCUUUAACCGGAAUGAAGACGCCUUUGAUGCAGAAUAUCUUUUGUACCAUGUGCCGGAAGAGCAGUGGGAGAGCACGAUUCGCGAAUUAGCUGAGCACGUCGGAGCGCGUGUCCGCGAGACAUUUCAAGGCACAAAAGUCGCUGUAGACGUAGAGUUUGUCUUUGAGCCAUAUCCUAUGUCGCAGUACCACUAUUACAACUGGUGAGGCUGGACUGAUUCAGCACAGGGUGGCAUUGGAUGGCAGUGACUGGUUGAGACAAUGGGUAGCACUAGUGGUAGCAGUAUGCGUGGUUAUUAAUUUAGCGAGAUUUUUUGCAUCUUUUUCUACCAUGUUGCCUAUUUUUCUCUACCUGCAUGUAGAUGGAAAAAAUGUAUUCUCGCUACCCUUUCUUUUUUUUUGUUAACAAAGAUCCCUUUGCUGCCUUCUUCCUUCAAACCCCCUCCUUUUUUCCCGCUGGUGUUCUUCGCUGCCCCACCUUUUAGUGGUCACCAGUGCACUGUAACCUGCUCUACAGAAGCCCAAGUUAGAGAAAAAGCACUGGCCUCCUUUGGGCGCGCAUCGUCGCGCUGUCCUCCUUAC